GCUUCUCUUUUCCUUCGGAUUUAAGUCUGUUCUCCGCGCUGUUUGGCGGCUUCAGUUGGAAAAAUAGUUUGGGCGUCAUUGAGCGUUUAAACUGAGCAGACCAAUUAACAGGUUUUAGUGUUUAAUCAAGAACAAAGGUUUUCUGCAAUUAAAUCACUCACUGGAGCGCGGUGAGUCGGUUACCGUUGAAGCUCAUGAGGAGGAAGACAAGUUUAGAUUAGCGUCUGGAAGUAGUAGCUCGGCGAACUUUAUUCUUGUGUUAUGUUAAGUGCGAGUCUUUAGGUCGCAGGGCGAAUCUGCAACCUGCUGUAUCAUAAACCAGUCAAAGCAGACCGGAGAAUAUCUCACUCUUUAAUUCCACUUCAGGACUGCACCAUGGUGGAGAUUUUCUCUGGCCGAUCGCUUUUCAAUAAGGACGGGGAUAUAGUAGACCCUGAAGAUGCUCUGCGAAACAAAGUGGUUGGUCUUUAUUUCUCCGCCGGCUGGUGUCCUCCUUGCAGAGAUUUCACGCCAAUUCUGUGCGACUUCUACACGGAACUGGUGGAAGAAUCUGAUCCUCCUGCCCAGUUUGAGAUUGUGUUCAUCUCGGCGGACAAGAAUCCCGAAGACAUGGUGGAGUAUAUGCACGAGAUGCAUGGAGACUGGCUGGCACUGCCCUGGAAUGAUCCUUUUAAAAAUGAUUUGCAGAAGAGGUACAACAUCACAGCCUUCCCAAAGCUGGUCAUCGUGAAGGAGAAUGGGGAGGUCAUUACUGAUAAAGGCCGAAAACAAAUCCGAGAACAAGGACUAGCCUGUUUCAGAAACUGGUUGGAAGUGGCAGAAAUAUUUCAGAACUUUCCUGGUUAAAAUGUUAUAGACAUAAAUGCCAGGAAUUUUUACAUUUUUGUUUUGCUUUAAAAUGUUUAUUUUAUUACAAUAGACUGCUAUGCAAAUAUUUAAUAUGAUAUAUAGUUUUAUUAAUCUUGCUAUUUAUUAAGGAUUAUAAGAAUUAUAUUUUAAAGUUGAUUUAUUUAUUUAUCAGAUGCCGAAAGCUCUAAAAUACACACAAAAAAAUCCCAUUAUUUUCUUAAUCUUUCUAUCUGUCACAACUCUGUAAACAUCAUGCUAGAGAAUACCUCAUAUAUUAAGGCCUCCUAAGUAAAAGUGUAGCAUAGAUGGUCCCCUGUUUGAGAACUUCCAGAAUUACUGUAUGUUUGACUGUCCUUUUAAAUAUUAACUACUUAUAAUUCAUUACAUCUUUGUAUAAAAAAGUGAAUUACAAGGCUUUUUACCAUGUUCAGUCUGUCUAUUGUCUUUGCCAAAAGGAAAUCUGUAGUUAAUGUUUUUGGCUAGAGGGGUUUAGAUUUUACUGUAUUUAACAUAUCUUUAUUUCAUGUUUAUUCUCAAAUGUGCAUAGUACAAUGAAAUUCAUACUUGCACGUCAACCACAGACGAAUGACAAUAGUACAGCAGUGAAAGAUAGAAGACAAUCAAUGCAAUGUCUUGCAUUGAGUUUAGUAUACAGAGUAUGCAUGAGGCUUAUGGCCUGUGGAUAAAAACUGAGUGCAUGAGGUAAGCUGAUUUGUUUUCUAUUAAAAAAAAAUUUUAGCAUUUUACUACUUUCUUGGUUACAGUGAAUGGUGGCAUGUUGUAUGUUGGUCAAACAUGCAAAUAAGAAUUUCACUGUACUCUGUACACCUGUCACUCUUAGUAUUUCUGGAGGAGUAUUUUGUCAUUCUGUUUCUUUUUUAGUCCAUUUAAGCUUUCGUUAGACAUUAGAGAUGACCUCUUAAAUCUUCAGGUAUUGCUUUAAGGAGCACUGCAAGGAAGAAAGCUGAAUUCAACUGGCAAAAAGCUUUAAAAAUCUAAUUAAACAUAACUAAGGAAAUGUUUUCUCCUGUAAUGACCCACCAUUGUGCAAUAUACCUGUGGCAAUGUUCUGCCUUUCAUUUACUUCCAGACUGUGCAAUAACAUUAAAAAAGCAAGUGUACAUAAAAUCCCCCCAUCAAAGGUUGUAUGUUAGGCAACUGGAUUCUGGACUGGAUAAGUUGGUUUAAUGAUAAAUAGAUGGAUGUUCAUAAACUCAUGUCAUGCAUCCAUCUUACAUUUUUAGGCCAGGCCCAUGGAGUUAAUGUCCGUAGUAUGUUACUUAUGCCAGAGGAAAAAAAAUACCUACAUAAAGCAAAUUCUUGCUAUGAAGUAAUUAAAUGUGCUGUGGAAAAAUGUGUUGGACUCUGGAAAUGUUUUUUUUUUUAAUAAAAAAAUCUGUUUGCCCAGCUGACUGGAUCCAGUACAUAACCCAGUAAUUGUGGGCUCAAAACAGCAAUAGAUGGGUUUGCCAGUCCAGCUUAGAAAUUGUUUUCCAUAUCUUCCAAAGUAAGUACUGUAAGUAAUAUAGCUGACCUUUCAUAAUGUGGGUUUAUUGAUUAAUGAUUGUAAUUCAAUUUAAUAAAACCGAUUCGUCUUAUGUGAUCUCUCAUGUUUUACAUUGCCAAUAUUUCUUGAGGACCAUUUGCACUUUAAAGGUUGUAUUUUUUUCGGGGGGUUAAAUGUACAGAUGUGCUUAUGUAUUUCCAAUUGUAAACUGUUUAAAAGUAAAGUAUUAACUUUCACAGAGAAAACUAACCAUGAUUCCCAGUUUUGAACCCGAGUCAAUUAUUAAAACUACAUCUUGUCUGGUCCAUGUUACAGAAAUAGCCACAAACCAGGAACAUUAUUUAGUAAGCAUGUUCUCCAAUGGUGGAGGACUACUGGGCCACAGAAAAAUGGAAGUUUAAAAACAACAAUUUAAAUUGAACUAAACUAUUGUCCUAUGCCAGCUAGCUAGAAAGUAACUGUAAGUUAUCAGUUGAGCUUUAGAGUUGCAGCCAGCCACUUUAAACUCAUUCAGUCGUGGGUCACUGAUGACUUAUACUAUUUUGAUAACUAAAGUUGUCCAUACUCAAAUCUAGUAUAUGCUGAAAUGUGGAGAUGGCCUUAGUUGAACUUGCAUGGUCCCUCACAUAACCACUCAUUUAAGCUGCACUCUUGAGUUCUUUAGCACACAAAAAGUGUUUAAAAUGCUGCGCAUUGCCAUUGUGUUAAAAUGCUGCAUGUUUCAGUUUUGUGCAUAUUACAUCUAAUUACAGUUUGACAUUGGGAUGUGGUGAGUAUGAUGAAAGGGAAAGGAAAGCAGGAUAAAAUUGAAAAUUGUUAUUUUUUGGUGCUUUUUAGAAGGCUAAUGCUAAAUAUUAGUGUUACUGCCCAUGUUAUAGUUAGGAAGCAUUUCCUAAAGUGAGUACAGUAAAUCAUAUUGUCACUUUGUGUUAAUUGACCUGACAUUCACCAUAAAGGGACGACCUUUGACUGUAGCUGUACUAAACUGCAAAUGUGAAGAGAGUUUAUCAUUGUAAAAUGGAAGUAUCUGUUUUCCGUCAUUCCUCUAUUUUGAAGUGUAUCAAAUAUUGAAUUUUAUACUGUAACAUAAUUGGUGUGAGGAAACAAGGGGCACCAACUCUCAAACUUCAUUUAUUGAAAAUUGCACUAGAAAAAGUUGGGCUUUGAACAAACUAGCUUAUUUUGACACUUGCUUUGGCUGAUUUGGUUGGUGUUUCUUACACUCUAAUUUCUAGGUUUCAUAAGGAGUAGUAUCUACUUAAGCCUCAUCACACUACACAACAUUCCCAGUGAUUCCCAUCUAUCUAUUCCGAACACAUUUCUCCAGUUUUGAUGUCACUACACU